GAGAAGAUGGAGCCAUUUAUGAAUGGAUUUCCAGCCUUCUGGAUCAUCCUAGCCUUUUGGUUUGUGUUGUCAGAUUCUGCAUCUGUCCAAGGCCGGACACAGACCCAGGCAGAAGAACGACUCUUCAGAUAUCUUUUCAAUGCUUACAACAGGUGGUCCAGGCCAGUCCCCAAUACCUCUGAUGUUGUUAUCGUCAGAUUUGGACUUUCCAUAGCUCAGCUAAUUGAUGUGGAUGAGAAGAACCAAAUGAUGACCACAAAUGUUUGGCUGAAGCAGGAAUGGAAUGACUACAAGCUACAGUGGAAUCCAACAGAUUUUGACAACGUUACUUCUAUCCGAGUACCUUCUGAGAUGAUUUGGAUCCCGGACAUUGUGCUGUAUAACAAUGCUGAUGGAGAGUUUGCUGUCACACAUAUGACAAAGGCUCACCUCUUCUCCAAUGGCAGUGUGAAGUGGGUGCCACCAGCCAUCUAUAAGAGUUCCUGCAGCAUUGAUGUAACCUUCUUCCCCUUUGACCAACAGAACUGCAAAAUGAAAUUUGGUUCAUGGACUUAUGACAAGGCCAAGAUUGACUUGGAGAGUAUGGAGCGCCAUGUGGACCUUAAGGACUACUGGGAAAGUGGGGAAUGGGCCAUUAUCAGUGCAGUGGGCACCUAUAACACCAAAAAAUAUGAUUGCUGCAGUGAGAUCUACCCUGAUAUCACUUAUAGCUUCAUCAUCCGUCGCUUGCCACUCUUCUACACCAUUAAUCUCAUUAUCCCUUGCCUCCUAAUUUCCUGUUUGACCGUGUUGGUCUUCUACCUGCCGUCCGACUGUGGUGAGAAGAUCACCUUGUGCAUCUCUGUCCUUCUGUCCCUCACUGUCUUUCUCCUACUUAUUACUGAAAUCAUUCCAUCCACUUCCCUAGUUAUUCCGCUGAUUGGUGAAUAUUUGCUUUUUACCAUGAUCUUUGUCACCCUCUCCAUUGUCAUCACAGUCUUUGUUCUCAAUGUCCAUCACCGCUCACCUAGUACUCACAAGAUGCCACACUGGGUCCAGACCGUUUUCCUGGAUUUCAUUCCCCGCUGGCUCUUCAUGAAACGUCCUCCAGUGAUAGCUUCAGGGUUGAGGGUGACUAGUGAAGAAGUAAUUGCGCAAUAUGACAUGCCUCCAGUAAAUCUUAGCACUUCUCGGUGUUGGCUGGAGACAGAUGUAGAUGACAGGUGGGAUGAAGAAGAGGAAAAUCAUGAGGAGAUGAUUCAUGCUGGCCGACUACCCCUCCAAAGCAUUUGUCAUCGCCAAUGCCUUCAAUAUCGCUACACCUGUGCUCGACAUCUGGGAAGAAGAUUUGUGGAACUGGUUCAGCAACCAGCCACUACCAAAGCAGAGAGUUCAGCCUCAUCUGAGCAAGGCAUCCAGCUGUCUCCAAGCAUCUUGAAGGCCCUGGAAGGGGUGCACUACAUAGCAAAUCACCUACGGGCUGAGGAUGCAGAUUUCUCGGUCAAAGAAGAUUGGAAAUAUGUUGCCAUGGUGAUUGACCGCAUCUUCCUCUGGAUGUUUAUCUUUGUCUGUUUGCUGGGGACGAUUGGACUUUUUCUUCCUCCAUUCCUGGCAGGCAUGAUCUAG